AUGAAUUCACGGCCAGCGUCGCCAGAGGCUCCUGAAAAUCUUUGGUCUUCCAUUCUCGACAGUGUUUCCUCUACGCGUUCUAUACCAUCGAAGAAAGUCCUCAUUCUCGGUAAGCCGUCAACCGGGAAAUCGACUUUGACUGCUGCGAUACUGCGGAAACCUGCUGCCGACGAGGGAAAGGAUAACCAGAAGAUAGAUUUUGCUUUAGGAUACGACUUUGCUGAUGUGAGGGACGAUGCUGAUGAAGACACCCUUGCGCGGUUAUCCGUGUACACAGUUCCCUCAGCAAAUCCAUCGUAUACAAGGUUACUACCUCAUUUUCUUCCACCCCGAUCUUCAAUACCGCAUACCCUUGUCAUGAUUGUGUUAGAUUGGACACGCCCAUGGACCUUUGUUGAAGAGUUAGAGACCUGGUUGAAGUGGGUGGAGGACUGGGUAAAAGGAGAUGGCUCUAGGGAGCUUGAGAUUGUGAAGGAAGACAACCGAGAACGGUGGUUACACUAUCUAUUACACUACACCGAACCGUCAGCGGAUCCCAUACCAGCGACGUCGACCGCGUCAAAUACGGUUCUUCCCCUAUCGACCGGAACUUUUACACAUAAUUCCGCAGGAUUACCUAUUGUCGUAGCUUGCACUAAGGCUGACCUAAUUGAUGAGGGUCAUGAUCUGGUCGCAGGAGCUUCAGGAAUGGGUGGCAUGGUGAAAGGUAAAGGGGGUGAAUGGGAAGAAAGGACCGAUGGCAUCAUGCAAAUUUUGCGUGCUGUCUGCCUCAAAUAUGGAGCAUCCUUGUUCUACACAACCCCCCAACCUUCAACUCUUCAAGCCCUCCGUCAAUAUGUUCUGCAUUCUCUUUUUGUUCCCCUUGCACCCUCGCCUGCCGUACAGGCUGGUACUGAGGCUCCGGCACCUGUUCGUAAUCCCUUCCCAUUUAAUGAACGACCAAAUACUUUGGAUCGGGAUCGAGUGAUCGUCCCAACUGGAUGGGACAGCUGGGGUAAGAUCACGGUUCUCAGGGAUUUUGAUCCAAAAAUUUGGGGAGAAGCAUGGGAACACGACCUUGAGGCGGGAGAAGCAGAGGAGACAGGCGCGAGGAGAAUGUUCCGCGCGCUGGUUCCCGACCAAGGUCCCAAACCUUCAGAGCUACCUCCAUUCAACAGUCCUGUACCAGAACAACAGUUCCUUGCGAAGAAUUACGACGAGAACUCGAAAAAAGCCGAUCGUGAUCCAAGGGGAGCUUUCAGAAAUCCUGCAGAUUUGGAAAACGCUGCUGGCGUCGUUGGUCCUUUAGGAAGCAGUAGCUUCAACCUUCCGAACGUCGAGCGUGUGUUAUCAGAGAUGGAGAGUGGGGUUGGAGGAGCUGGUCUUGGGGAUUCGCGCAAAGGAGGGCGCCCACCUGCAAACGUCAAAACCACGACGAGGCCACCUUCAUCCCCUACCCAGGUGCCUCAAUCACCAAGCCCCACUGGACAGACGCAACAUGAAGUUCUACAGAAUUUCUUCCAAAGUCUUUUGAGCAAUAAAGAUCGACCUAAUGCAAGUGCCGCGAUUCGAGCACCAUCAAGACUCAACGGGUCGACAAUUAGUCAAAACGAAGAUGGAAAUACAUAG